ACAGCUGGGGCUUUUUAAAGAAGUAAAUUAGGCAAUCAACAUUGCCUCACUUAAUCUAUAAAAGCGGAAGCAACACCACAAAGAUAAAUGAAAAUGCUUGAGCAAAGCUCUUUUUAACCAAGUGAAGGCCGCUUUAUGGAAGCCAUGGCAAUGAGAUGGAUGCUGUUCCUCUUGAGUGGUUUGGCUCUGUGGGCUGGGCCAUGUUUAGGAAGUUCCCCAGGGAAGACGUUUGUCACAGCCUUCCUGUAUAACUUCAAGCAAAGCUUGCGCAAUACUAACCUUGAGGUGCUCCUCACCGGAUAUCAUCCUGAAACCACUGUUACAGUGAUAGCAAAGGGUGUUCAAUUCCAAAGAACUGUUUCUCUCGAUCAAGGACAAACGUUGUCAAUUGAGCUUCCAAACUCUCUCGAGAUGUCAAAGUCUAGCAUCUAUGAUAAGGCCGUCUUGAUCCAAGCCAACAAAGAGAUCUCGGUUUACUCCAGAAACCACAAAGACUACACAAUAGGUACCACGGCUGUCUACCCUGUCCAGCAGUUGGGCACCUUGUAUUACGUGAUUACCCCGGAGGGCAGCAUGGAAGAUACGUUCAAGGAAUUUGCAGUUAUAGCCUAUGAAACCCCAACUAGAGUCACGAUACACCUGAAAGGGAUUGUGACAUUCGAAAAGAAAGUUUAUCCUUCUGGGAGUACAAUAGACAUCAACCUUGAGGCCUUCCAGGUGAUCCAGCUGCAGAGUCACACCGAUUUAUCUGGCACCAAAGUUGAAUCGGAUGCAACAGUGGCUGUCUUGAGUGGCCAUAGCUGUGCUCAGAAGUACACACACUGUGACCACGUUGUAGACCAACUCCUUCCUGUUGCCAGCUGGGGGACCACCUUCAUUGUUCCCUCAUUGGUCUUCCAAAGGCAACCUGACAUAGCGUAUAUAGCUGCUUCCCAAAAUACACUGAUUACCUACCAAUCUCAGUCCGCCCAAAAUUCCCGUCAGAUGGAGGCUGGAGAAGUUAUCCAGUUGAAUAUUCAGCCACUGCAGUCCCUUUACAUCUCAGCAAAUCACGGAAUCCAAGUCCUUUUCUUUUUCACUGGGGCUACAAGAGGAAGCAAAUUAUAUGACCCAUUCCUCAUCAAUAUUCCACCCAUAGCAAGGUACUGCAGAUCAUAUCACUUUGACGCAAUGAGUUCAUUUGAAAAUUAUGCUGUCAUUGUAGCCAAAACCUCAGAAGCUGGAGAAAUCACAUUAGGGAAGACAGCCAUUAGAUAUGUCAAAUGGAGACCAAUCUCGGGCACAGAAUAUUCUUGGGCCCAAUAUAACUUGGGAAGGGGAAACAGCGCCAACACCCUAGAGCAUCCCAGCGCUCCCUUUGGACUUUUCCUCUUUGGAGUUUCACAGCGUGAAGGCUAUGGUUCUGUGGGCCUGUGCUCCUCGGAUACAACCCCAGAUGCUACUGCAGUCCCAUUAUCCUGCCCUGAGAACAGCCACUAUGAGUCUUGUGGAAAUGCUUGCCCAGCUACCUGUUCCAACCGAACAGCUCCAUCAACCUGUGAGAGUACCUGUGCCACCAUCUGCCAGUGCAACGAUGGCUAUGUCAUGAGAGGUGAUAACUGUGUCCCGGUGGAAAGCUGCGACUGUCAAUACAAUGGCAUAGACUAUAAACCAGGGGAGGAGUUCUGGGGAGAUGAAGAUUGCCACACUCACUGCAAGUGUGACCCUCAACAAGGCAACGUUAUGUGCAAAGAAGAGGGAUGCAAGGCCAACACAAAAUGUGUGGUGGUUAAUGGUACCCGGGGAUGCCAUUCUCCCAAAUACCUCACCUGCAUUGGAAGUGGAGACCCUCACUAUACUACCUUUGAUGGUCGGAAAUACGAUUUCAUGGGCACCUGUGUUUAUCAGAUGGCAGGGCUGUGCUCCCAAGACCCAACCCUCACUCCAUUUUUGGUCAGCGUGGAGAAUAACCACCGAGGCAGUAAGGCAGUGUCCUUCACCAAGGUCGUAACUCUGGAGGUCUACAACAUGACCAUCAGCCUGAGCCAAGCACAUCCCCAAAAGAUUCAGGUCAAUGGAGUCUUUGUGGACCUACCCUUCUCUUACGAAAACAAGCUGAAGGUCUACGUCAGUGGGGUCCAUGGCUUCAUCAAGACCGACUUUGAUCUGAGAGUCAGCUUUGAUUGGUACAGCUAUGCCAGGGUCAUUCUUCCCAAGGCUUACGCCAAUGCCAUCUGUGGACUCUGUGGCAACGCCAACCAAGAUCCCAGUGAUGACUUCACCAUGCAGGAUGGAACUCAAGCAAAGGAUGAAAUCCAGUUUGCCAAAAGCUGGACACUGAAAGAGGUCCCAGGGUGCUCCGAAGGCUGUACUACCGAUUGUCCGGUGUGCAAGGAGGCAGAGAAGAACAAAUACAAGGGGAACCAGUUCUGUGGCAUCCUCAUCAAAAAGGAUGGGCCCUUUAGGCAAUGCUAUGGGACCCUAGAUCCGACAUCCUACUUUGAGGAUUGUGUCUUUGACACCUGUGUGUAUAAGGGUCACCAUGAUACUCUGUGCAAAGCCAUCAGCGCCUAUGUGACUGCCUGUCAGACUCAGGGCAUCCAGAUUGGACCAUGGAGAUCAGCCUCCUUCUGCAGCUUUCUCUGUCCAAAAAAUGCCCACUACGAACUCUGCGGAACGGCCUGUCCUGCUACAUGCCACAGCCCCUCUGAUCCCAAAACAUGUGAGGCUGUUUGCAUAGAAGGUUGUUUCUGUGAUUCUGGAUUCAUCCUCAGCGGGGGGGAAUGCGUCCCUCUCUCGGACUGCGGCUGUGUCCAUCAAGGCAGAUACUAUAAGAUGGGAGAAGAAUUCUACCCAAGCACCUCCUGCGAGCAGAUCUGCCAGUGCAGGGACAACGGAGUAGUCGACUGCCAGCAGUUUUCCUGUGGGGCUCAUGAAGUGUGCGGAGUGCAGGAUGGGAUCCAGGGCUGCCACCCUGUCGGAUACGGCAUAGCCACUGCCUUGGGAGGCUUUCACUACCUUUCGUUUGAUGGACUACUUUUUGAGUUCUUUGGUUCUUGCACUUACGUCUUAGCCAAAAUCUGCGACAAGGAUCCUCCGGGUAUGAACUUCUCUGUGUUGGUGAAGAAUGAGAAGCUGGAUGACGGUCCUUUAGUGCAAAUAAAGGGUGUUGUCGUCUCCAUUCAUGGAUAUACUGUUGUCCUGGAAAGGGGAAUGAAAUGGAAGGCAAUGGUAGAGGGCACAUCCUAUACUCUACCACUGAGCAGAGAGGAUGGGAAACUCUGGAUCACCCAGGAGGGAAACAAUAUCCUUGUCCAUUCCUCCUUUGGCAUCAAAGUCCUCUAUGAUACUGCUUCAUUUGUCCGCGUGUCUGUCCCUAGCAAGUACCAGGGGCAGAUGUGCGGUCUGGGUGGCAACUUCAAUGGGAAUAAGAAUGAUGACUUCAUGCUACCCAAUGGGGAAUUUGCGCAAAACUCAGAAGAUUUUGGGGCCUUCUGGAAGGUCCCUGUGGAUGGGGCCAUUUGUUCUGAUGGCUGCAGUGGGAGAUGCCCCACCUGCACUGAAUUCCGGGUGGCACCCUACAAGGCUGAGAGUUCCUGUGGAAUGAUCCUGUCCAAAUCAGGGCCAUUCAGAAGAUGUCACUCCUUGGUGCACCCUGAUGAAUACUUUAAGCACUGCUUAUACACCAUGUGUAUGUACAAUGGGGAGCAAGAAUCCCUCUGUGAUAGCCUCCAAGCCUAUGCAGUUGCAUGCCAAGCAUCUGGAGCGUAUUUCGAAUCUUGGAGAACAACCUCUUCUUGUCCUCUCAGCUGCCCAGCCAACAGUCACUAUGAGUUCUGCACUUCUUUUUGUGACUCCUGCUGUACCAGCUUGUCUGCACCUGUUCAGUGUCCAAAGAAUUGCUUUGAAGGUUGCCAGUGCAAUGACGGCUACAUGUUUGAUGGAGAGAGCUGUGUACCUAUAGACCAAUGUGGGUGUGUGUAUGAUGGAAACUAUCUCAAGGCUGGAGAUAGCAUCUUCUCCAACAACUGUGCAAAGAAAUGUACCUGUAGUAAUGGCUCCAGCCUGAUCACCUGUGAAAAAGCCAGCUGGCAGUCUGUGGCAUCUUGCAAGCUUCAAAAUGGUGCACAGGACAAUGGGUUGAAGGAAGGCCAAUGCAAAGUCACCCCUGAAGCCCAGCUCGUGUCUUUUGAUGGGGCCUCAGGGAAUUUCCUCUGUGGUGGGGUUUAUGAUCUGGCUAUUGUUUGUGACGAAAGUGCUGUAUCCUGGUUCAGGGUAUCGGUGAAGAUUGGGACAGACAGUGAUGACAGACUGGAUGUUGGGGAAGCGGCCUAUAUUUUCUUUCAGGAUACAUUCAUCGCUGUGAAAAAGGACAAUAAAACAUGGGUAAAUGGGCGCUUAGUAAACGUGCCAUACACCAAAGAUGCUGUGACUGUGAAUAAAGAUCAGGAUGGGCUUGUGGUUGAUCUGGCUUCUCAGGUGCAAGUUCACCUCCAUCCUAAAGGAGAGAUAGCAGUGAAAGUCAAGGAGACCCUGGCAGAGAAACUAUGUGCCCCAUGUGGAAACUUUAAUGGAGACAGUUCUGAUGACCUGAAAACACCCAGUGGGGAGUUGGAGAAGACCACUGUGGAGAUCCUUCAUGCCUGGAAGGCCAAGGACUUCUAAAACACAUCAAUUCUCUCUAUAUUGGGCAUUCAUCAAUUUCUGUUAGCUUUGCCAACAAAUCAUUGCUGUUCAAGGACUCCACAUCUGCUUCUUUCUUUAGGCUUAUUCUGGAAAUCUCGUACAACUUCGACCUUUAAAUAAGUGAAUAGAAAAAGAAUGUACUGUAUAUAGAACAAGCAGCUUUCCGAGUGACAUGAUUCCAUCACUGCUUUCCCAGCUCCGUCACUCUGCAUUGCCAAAUACCACGGCAUCAUGUAAGUCACUGUUGAGUGUGUGUUUUUAAAAGGGUAUUGUUGUAAGCCGCCCAGAGACCUUUGGGUAGUGUGGGCGG